AUGUCCAAUGAAGUGCCGUGCCGCAAAUGCAAACUACUGGUCAUAGCCAUCAGCAACUAUGAUGGUGAAGCUUCCUUGGACGGUGUGGAGGCAGGUCUGGAAUUGCUGAGGAAGAGCCGCUUCUACCAACAGGACUGUGAAGUGAUUGAGUGCAUCAACAGCGCCGCCACGGAACUCGGAAUAGUUGAGCAGAUCAAAGCUUGGAUAGGGCGUAUGGAAGGUUCGGGACCCGAGCAGGUUCAUACCUGCAUCUUCCUUGGUCACGGUGUCAACGUGCAUGGGUUGUCGUGCAUGGUAACUGUCGACAAGAAGCUGAUCCCCAUUUGGGAUCUCUACAACCACCUUUGCCAGAAGCACUCGUUGUCGGUUGCUCUUUUCUUCGACUGUUGCCAGUGCCCGCCGGAUGGCGUGUUGAGCGAACCAAACAGGGGACUGUUCCGCUAUGAGGCAGCCAGAGCAGGAUGGUGCGACAGGAGUCAAAUAAGACUGUCGAUAUCUUCAUCGCCAGGACAAUAUGCGGAAGACGCUUCUGUUGCUCGUCGCUAUUCUAGCUACAUCUCAGAGUUAGUCCAGAGCUUGGACGGUUGCGAUUGGUGGGAGGAAGUGUUUCACUGUGUCUCCAUGGCAGUUGAUGCAACCGGAAGUCAAACUCCAUUCUGUGUGGGGCACGCAAUUUGGCAAAGAAUACAACGGUCCAGCCCACGUGAACUGAGCUUUGAUAGCAGCGAGCUCGGCGCCAUGUCCAAUGAAGUGCAGUGCCGCAAUUUGCCUGAACAAGCAUUCUCGCGAUCACCCCAAGCUUUGAUGGAGGCAACCAACUCAUGA